GCCAGUCCCGCUCCGCGCCGCGCCGCUUCGCUCCGGCUCCGGCUCGCCUCCGGCUGGGCUCGGCUGGGGCUCUGGCGGCAGCACCCCCUGCGCCGGGCCGCGGGGCAGGAGGCGCCGCACCAUGGUCCGCGCCCAGGCUCUGGUCCUGGCGCUCACCUUCCAGCUCUGCGCGCCUGAGACCGAGACUCCGGCAGCCGGCUGCACCUUCGAGGAAGUGAGUGACCCAGCAGUGCCCUGUGAGUACAGCCAGGCCCAGUACGAUGACUUCCAGUGGGAGCAAGUGCACGUCCACCCUGGCACCCGGUCUCCAGCGGAUCUGCCCCAUGGCUCCUACUUGAUGGUCAAUGCUUCCCAGCAUGCUCCAGGCCAGAGGGCCCAUGUCAUCUUUCAGAGCCUGAGCGAGAAUGACACCCACUGCGUGCAGUUCAGCUACUUCCUGUACAGCCGGGAUGGGCACAGCCCGGGCACCUUGGGCAUCUAUGUGCGUGUCAAUGGGGGUCCACUGGGCAGUGCCGUCUGGAACAUGACAGGAUCACAUGGCCGUCAGUGGCACCAGGCAGAGCUGGCUGUCAGCACCUUCUGGCCCAAUGAGUAUCAGGUGCUGUUUGAGGCCCUCAUCUCCCCAGACCGCAGGGGCUACAUGGGCCUAGAUGACGUCCUGCUUCUCAGCUACCCCUGCGCGAAGGCCCCGCACUUCUCCCGCCUGGGCGAUGUGGAGGUCAACGCUGGCCAGAACGCCUCCUUCCAGUGCAUGGCAGCAGGCCGAGCCGCAGAGGCCGAGCACUUUCUCCUGCAGCGGCAGAGCGGGGUGCUUGUGCCCGCCGCCGGAGUGCGGCACAUCAGCCACCGGCGUUUCCUGGCUACCUUCCUGUUGGCCUCCGUGAGCCGCUCGGAGCAGGACCUGUAUCGUUGCGUGUCCCAGGCCCCGCGAGGUGCGGGCGUCUCCAACUUCGCGGAGCUCAUCGUCAAGGAGCCCCCCACCCCCAUCGCGCCCCCCCAGCUGCUGCGCGCCGGGCCCACCUACCUCAUCAUCCAGCUCAACACCAACUCCAUCAUUGGCGACGGGCCGAUUGUGCGCAAGGAGAUUGAGUACCGCAUGUCGCGCGGUCCGUGGGCCGAGGUGCACGCCGUCAGCUUGCAGACCUACAAGCUGUGGCACCUUGACCCGGACACCGAGUAUGAGAUCAGCGUGCUGCUCACGCGCCCGGGUGAUGGCGGUACUGGUCGCCCUGGCCCGCCCCUCAUCAGCCGUACCAAGUGUGCAGAACCCAUGAGGGCCCCCAAAGGCCUGGCUUUUGCUGAGAUCCAGGCUCGCCAGCUGACCCUGCAGUGGGAACCUCUGGGCUACAACGUGACACGUUGCCACACGUAUGCGGUGUCCCUGUGCUAUCAUUACACGCUGGGCAGCAGCCACAACCAGACCGUCCGGGAGUGCGUGAAGAUGGAGCGGGGUGCCAGCCGCUACACCAUCAAGAACCUGCUGCCCUACCGGAAUGUUCACGUGCGGCUCAUCCUCGCUAACCCCGAGGGGCGCAAGGAGGGCAAGGAGGUCACUUUCCAGACGGACGAGGAUGUGCCUGGCGGGAUUGCGGCCGAGUCCCUGACCUUCACUCCCCUGGAGGACAUGAUCUUCCUCAAGUGGGAGGAGCCCCAGGAACCCAACGGCCUCAUCACUCAGUAUGAGAUCAGCUACCAGAGCAUUGAGUCAUCAGACCCUGCGGUGAACGUGCCAGGCCCACGACGUACCAUCUCCAAGCUCCGCAACGAGACCUACCACGUCUUCUCCAACCUGCACCCAGGCACCACCUACCUGUUCUCUGUGCGCGCCCGGACGGGCAAAGGCUUUGGCCAGGCGGCACUCACCGAGAUCACCACAAACAUCUCAGCUCCCAGCUUUGAUUAUGCUGACAUGCCGUCACCCCUGGGCGAGUCUGAGAACACCAUCACCGUUCUGCUGAGGCCAGCACAGGGCCGUGGCGCGCCCAUCAGUGUGUACCAGGUGAUCGUGGAGGAGGAGCGGCAGCGGAGGCUUCGUCGGGAGCCAGGCAGCCAGGACUGCUUCCCAGUGCCCUUGACCUUUGAUGCGGCGCUGGCCCGUGGCCUGGUGCACUACUUUGGGGCAGAACUGGCGGCCAGCAGUCUGCCGGAAGCCAUGCCCUUCACCGUGGGUGACAACCAGACCUAUCGCGGCUUCUGGAACCCACCGCUUGAGCCCAGGAAGGCCUACCUCAUCUACUUCCAGGCAACAAGCCACCUGAAGGGGGAGACCCGGCUGAAUUGCAUCCGCAUCGCCAGGAAAGCUGCCUGCAAGGAAAGCAAGCGACCCCUGGAGGUGUCCCAGAGAUCGGAGGAGAUGGGGCUCAUCCUGGGCAUCUGUGCAGGGGGACUUGCUGUCCUCAUCCUCCUCCUGGGGGCCAUCAUUGUCAUCAUCCGUAAGGGGAAGCCGGUGAACAUGACCAAGGCCACUGUCAACUACCGCCAGGAGAAGACCCACAUGAUGAGUGCGGUGGACCGGAGCUUCACGGACCAGAGCACCCUGCAGGAGGAUGAGCGGCUGGGCCUGUCCUUCAUGGACACCCAUGGCUAUAGCCCCCGAGGAGACCAGCGCAGCAGUGGGGUCACCGAGGCCAGCAGCCUGCUGGGGGGCUCCCCGCGGCGUCCCUGUGGCCGGAAAGGCUCCCCAUACCACACGGGACAGAUGCACCCUGCGGUGCGUGUGGCCGACCUCCUGCAGCACAUCAACCAGAUGAAGACGGCGGAGGGCUAUGGCUUCAAGCAGGAGUACGAGAGCUUCUUUGAAGGCUGGGAUGCCACAAAGAAGAAAGACAAGGUCAAGGGCAGCCGGCAAGAGCCCUUGCCUGCCUAUGAUCGGCACCGAGUGAAACUGCCCCCGAUGAUGGGAGGCCCCGAUGCCGACUCCAUUAACGCCAACUACAUAGACGGUUACCACAGGUCAAACCACUUCAUAGCCACUCAAGCAGGUGUGCUGGCUCUGGGUGGAGACCUUGCCACAGGGACUAGCACCCUCUGCGCCCCAGGGCCGAAGCCUGAGAUGGUCUACGACUUCUGGCGCAUGGUGUGGCAGGAGCACUGUUCCAGCAUUGUCAUGAUCACCAAGCUGGUGGAGGUGGGCAGGGUGAAAUGCUCCCGGUACUGGCCGGAGGACUCAGACAUGUACGGGGACAUCAAGAUCACGCUGGUGAAAACGGAGACACUGGCUGAGUAUGUCGUGCGCACCUUUGCCCUGGAGCGGAGAGGCUACUCUGCCCGGCACGAGGUCCGCCAGUUCCACUUCACCGCGUGGCCGGAGCAUGGCGUCCCCUACCACGCCACAGGGCUGCUGGCCUUCAUCCGGCGCGUGAAGGCCUCUACCCCGCCUGAUGCUGGGCCUGUUGUCAUCCAUUGCAGACCCCAGGCUCCCUCCCCAGGCUCUCAUGGGGCCCCUGGCUGCUCUCUUCCCAGCGCGGGCACUGGCCGCACAGGUUGCUACAUUGUCCUGGAUGUGAUGCUGGACAUGGCGGAGUGUGAGGGCGUCGUGGACAUUUACAACUGCGUGAAGACCCUCUGCUCUCGGCGGGUCAACAUGAUCCAGACAGAGGAGCAGUACAUCUUCAUUCACGAUGCAAUCCUGGAGGCCUGCCUGUGUGGGGAGACCACCAUCCCUGUCAGCGAGUUCAAGGCCACCUACAAGGAGAUGAUCCGCAUUGAUCCUCAGAGUAAUUCCUCCCAGCUGCGGGAAGAGUUCCAGACGCUGAACUCGGUCACACCGCCCCUGGAUGUGGAAGAGUGCAGCAUCGCCCUGCUCCCCCGGAACCGCGACAAGAACCGCAGCAUGGACGUCCUGCCACCCGACCGCUGCUUGCCCUUCCUCAUCUCCACCGAUGGGGACCCUAACAACUACAUCAACGCGGCCCUGACGGACAGCUACACGCGGAGCGCGGCCUUCAUAGUGACCUUGCAUCCGCUACAGAGCACCACGCCUGACUUCUGGCGGCUCGUCUACGACUAUGGGUGCACCUCCAUCGUCAUGCUCAACCAGCUGCACCAGUCCAACACCGCCUGGCCCUGUCUCCAGUACUGGCCAGAGCCGGGCCGCCAGCAGUAUGGCCUCAUGGACGUGGAGUUUGUGUCGGGCUCCGUGGAUGAAGACUUGGUGGCCCGUGUCUUCCGGGUGCAGAACAUCUCUCGGCUACAGGAGGGACACCUGCUGGUGAGGCAUUUCCAGUUUCUGCGCUGGUCUGCGUAUCGGGACACACCUGACUCCAAGAAGGCCUUCUUGCACCUGCUGGCCGAGGUGGACAAGUGGCAGGCAGAGAGUGGGGACGGGCGCACUGUCGUGCACUGCCUAAACGGGGGCGGCCGCAGUGGCACUUUCUGCGCCUGUGCCACAGUCCUGGAGAUGAUCCGCUGCCACAACCUGGUGGAUGUUUUCUUUGCUGCCAAAACGCUUAGGAACUACAAGCCCAAUAUGGUGGAAACCCUGGAUCAGUACCACUUUUGCUACGAUGUGGCGCUGGAGUACCUGGAGGGGCUGGAGUCAAGAUAGCGGGGCCCCUGGCCUGGCGCUCGCACUGUGCGCUCAGGGCCAGGCCCAGCACGGAUGAGGAACACCUGGACCCCUGAUUCUGCUCCACGACAACUCCCAUGGGGAAAGCAGUAGAGUGAGCCGGGGCGUCUUGGUGCCCCCUUCCGCUGUGGGCGGGGCCUCUCUCCGUGUCGGAUGGGCAGGCUGCUGGGGCCAAGGAGGAGCUCAGCGUCCGCAGCCCAGUCCCCAUCCACAGGGCGCUGCAAGUCUGCGCUGUGAGUCUGGCACUGCCUGGUGGAGUGACAGGGGCUCGGGGCUGCCAGCUCAGGAGGACCCAGGCUCAAGCUCCUUGACUCUAGGCUCAAGCAUCAGACUCUGCCCCAGCCUUUGGCAGAGAUGAGUGAGCCCCUGCAGAGCCUGUGGCGGGCCAAGGUUUCCACUCAGCGUGGCUUCCUUUUGACAUGGAUAGAGGGUGCAUUGGGGCUUGGCGUCUGGAAUCCCACCUGGCCUUGCCCCUGAGGAUCCUGGGGAGACUGGACCCAUCAGACUAGUCCUCCCCAGAGGGGACUAUGGGCCCCCUCCUCUGCCCUGCUGCCCCCCCUCAGCCCUGGGAUAUUUUGCUCAUGAUCCCUCCCACUAUGACUUCUUUGGUGUGCUCUGAGCUUCGAACUGGGAUCUUCCCAUCAUCCCUUGCCCUUUUCUCCGUGGGGCCUCUUCCCUGCCUGACCCAACAUCUGCAGAAGGAAGGCACCUCGGCCCUUCUUGUACUUUUCAGGCCUCACUUCUGGGUCCUGCUCCACCCAGCCCAGUGACAAUCUGCAAGGUUGAACAACAGCCCUUGGGGUUGAAGUCUCCAUGGCUCCUGGUCAGGCCGCCCCCUGGGGACGGGGCCCUGCUAGAUCAGGGGUGCUUGCCACCUCUACAGUUCAGAGGAAGAACAUGUAUUUUGGGAUGGAGGAGAAAUUCUUUUUUGUUAAUUUUAUGAUUUUUUUUUCAUGGGUGGGUGGGAAAAUCUCUUUAAAAUGGGACAGGCCACACCCCCAUUCCGUGCCUCAAUUUCCCCAUCUGUAAACUGUAGAUAUGACUACUGACCUACCUCGCAGGGGGCUGUGGGGAGGCAUAAACUGACGUUUGUAAAGCACUUUGUAAAUAAAUGUGCUCUCUGAAUGCCA